AAACAGAAUGAACCCGUGUACUACUACUACCAGGCUAUUUCAAUUAGUUACGAUGAAAUACUUCAAUUCAGGAGCAAUUUUACAGCAAAGAAUAUUUUGCACAGUAGGUGUCAAGAACAUUCCGUAGCUGAGCUCAAUAUUAACAUUGUGAUAAUAUAAAUACAGUGGAAAUGGAAAAGUAGACUAAACGCAGAGAGAACAAAUGGCUCCUUUAAGAAAGUCAGCUGGUGCAAAUAAAAAGUUCGAAGGAGGAAGUAGGAAGUCGUUUACGAACAAACCAAGCACAAAGAAGAGAAAUUGACAAUUUCAGACAUAAGACAAUGGCGGGUAUUAAAGCGCUGGUUGGCUUGUCCUUCAGUGGAGCUAUUGGCUUGACUUUCCUGCUGUUGGGCUGUGCAUUGGAGCAGUAUGGGGUGUACUGGCCUCUCUUCGUCCUCAUCUUCUACAUACUGUCUCCUAUCCCCACCUUCAUAUCCAGAAGGCUCAGUGAUGACAGUGACGCCGCCAGCAACGCAUGCAGAGAGCUGGCAUGCUUCUUCACUACGGGCAUUGUGGUGUCUGCGUUCGGGCUUCCCAUCAUACUGGCCCGGGUUGCAUUAAUCCAGUGGGGGGCCUGUGGCCUGGUGAUGGCUGGCAACGCUGUCAUCUUCCUGACCAUCCUGGGCUUCUUCCUGGUGUUCGGCGGGGGAGACGACUUCAGCUGGGAGCAGUGGUAGACCGUCUGGAUCUCUGGCACCAUCCCAAAUGGACCCCUAGACCCUACGCCCUAUGGACUUGUGGAGAUCUGAGAUUUGACCGGUGCAAGCAAUAUGGCAGUAGCUUCACCUUGCCCUCUGAUAGGCUAGGUGGAAGUUUCACCAUAUUGUUUAAACCAAUCAAAUCUACUCUGAUCUCUGAAAGUGCAUAGGGUGUAGGGUCUAGGGAUCGAUUGGGACACAGAGACGGAGGGAGUCAGUCAUUCCUGUUAUUAACAAGGUUACAGUGGUGGACAGAUAUGAUAAACCAAAACGCUACUACGGCAUAACGUCGCUACUAACUGACGUUUUAAGAAGCUGAUGCUGACUAUUUAAUGUCCUAUGAGAAAAGGGGGUGGCACCAGGAGUGCCCUCCCCUCCUGGUUAGUGAGGAGGGGGUGGCACUAAACAGGGUGUCUGGGAUGUUAAUGCACACUGCGAUGUCUGUCCUUUUUUUCCUCCACAGACACCUGAUCGUUUUUUCUUAUAGUAUUCGCUCCAUUAUUCUCUUCAACCUUUUUUUGCCUUACCUGUCCCCUAUGCUGAGGGAGAGUCAUUGAAAACCAGUGUCCCGGCCAGCCCCCCCCUCCCCCCAGCCCCCCCCCCCCUCCCUAGGAACUUGUUGAUCUCAGUGAGAAGACAGGAUAGGUGUAAGCAUGUGGUGAAAUAUCACCAAGGGGAAACGUUCUUUUAACAUCUACACAAGUGUCUAGGGCUAGAGUGGUUGUUUCUGGACCAGGCCCACCUCUCUACAUUCAUAUCUAUAAAGCCAGAUGCUAGUUUAAGGAUCAUGAUAACUUGUACGUGUGUUAUGAGGGAUACUGUUGAAUGAUUUGUUGUAAUCACCACUACGCCGUCUGUUUCCACUUCAUUUAGGGAGUAUUCUGUUUGUUUGUGGAAAUCUUAUUUAAGCGUAAGCAUUUCAAAUGAUCUACUCAUUCUUACAGUUGAUUGUGUGUGUACCUUUUUUUUUGUUUGUAUGUUUCUAUUUCAUAUGAUCACUUUGGGUAUGACUUCAUAACCAGGUCAAGGUUUCUGUCUGUAGUUUGUUGUUUUCAACAUGUUGCCCUUCUGCAAAUGUUUCCACCAAUACCAAAGGCCAUUUUUAAGAAAAUAAGGUAGACAUGAUUCAUUCCCCCCACUAAGGUUUCUGAUGUGUCUAUGAUUAUGAAACACACAGUUCAUAUUAAUUAUGAAAACAACAUUGUUAUGCCAUUAUAAGCUGUUUGUCUUCACUGAGGACAGAGGCUAACGUAAGGGUUUGUGAAUCAUUGUCUACAUUAGUAUGGGAAUGUAAACACUAUAUGUUUUGUAGACCAGGUCUGUUUGUGUUCAAAUGAAGUGCCCACAUUUCUAUUCACCAAAAAACUCAUUGACAAGUGCCUGUUAAAUAUCAACAACAAAAAAUGUACUUAUUCAAAAAUGUUUUAUAUAACUUAAGUCACUUUUUACAUUCUGUACUGGUAAAGCCUGAAAAAAAAAA